CCGGCGAUCGCAGCCACAGUGGGGCUGGGGGCCGGAGGGUGUCUGGGUCACUGUUCCCGAACCACAUUGCCGGGCGCUGGACUGAGUUCGGGAGCCGCAUCACCUCCCUGGUACCUUCCCGGCUGCCUUCUGAAGAACUUGACCCCUUCUAGCGCUCCUCCGCGCCCCACCGCGACCCUAGCGCCAGAUACCGCCCCGCGGGCUGCCCGGAGGGUCCAGGCCCCAUUGUCCCGGUCCCCACCGCGGCCACUGGCCCCUUGAGCGCCAGUUCUCCCUACUCCCCUUCCCAGACAGGGCCACCAACGCCUCCAGCAGCCGCUCUUCUCUUGUCUGGUCCGUGGAGGUGGUUGGUUACCAUGGUGAAGCUGGCAGCCAAAUGCAUCCUGGCAGGAGACCCCACCGUGGGCAAAACCGCCCUGGCACAGCUCUUCCGCAGCGACGGGACCCAUUUCCAGAAAAACUACACCCUGACAACAGGGGUGGAUCUGGUGGUAAAGACAGUGCCAGUCCCUGACACGGGGGACAGUGUGGAACUGUUUAUUUUUGACUCAGCCGGCAAAGAGCUGUUUUCUGAAAUGCUGGAUAAAUUGUGGGAGAGUCCCAGUGUCUUGUGUCUUGUCUACGACGUGACCAACGAGCAGUCCUUUACCAACUGCAGCAAGUGGCUGGAGAAGGCUCGGUCUCAGAUUCCAGGGACCACCCUCCCAGGUGUGCUGGUGGGGAACAAGACAGACCUGGCUGGCAGGCGAGUGGUGGAUAUGGCCCAGGCCCAGGCGUGGGCACUGGGCCAAGGCCUGGAAUGUUUUGAAACAUCCGUGAAAGAGAUGGAAAACUACGAGGCCCCCUUCCACUACCUGGCCAAGCAGUUUCACCACCUGUACCGGGAGAAGCUGGAGGUUUUCCAGGCGCUGGUGUAAGAGGCUGGCCAGACCGUUUCCUGCGACAGAACCCGGCCCUGGGCUCCGUCUCUUCAGAAGAUGGGAGAAGAUGGAGCUGCCUGCCACUUCCAGUCUAUCGUGACAGCUUUAAAUAAAAGGAGAAAAUGGAGAAGCAGCAGCUCGUUCUGUUCUUGGCCAGGGCAGCCCUGGAACCAUUUUACAGUUUGGCCGCUGCUCCCAGAGUAGCACCGGAGCCUCCAGUGGUGGCAGCUGGCCCUUGGGACAGUGGGCAUCCUGCUCUCCCUGAAGGACACCCCCUAACAAGAGCCCACCCACAAUUUGCCAGAGUCGAGAUGCUCAGCUUGGAAGUUGUCGCCUGACCAGGGGGCUGAUGGCCCUCUCCUUGUUCUAACAGACUCAGUUUUGCUGUCUGUCUGCCCCUUUCCGGAUGCCGGAGCUCCCUGGUGAUGACUUCUGUCCCUGGCAAAAUAGUGCCCUCUGCCGGCCGCCCUGGGUGCCUCUUCUUGAUAAAGACCCAGCCCCCUCCCAGCUGCCAGGAACCCUGAGCACCCAGGGAGCCAAGAAUGAGGCCACUUUCCUUUAAUGACCCCGCCUCUCAGCGAGCCGGGCAGCAGUCGUAAUUCUUUGCACUGAGCUUGACUGUUUUCCAUCCUGUCUCUGCUGCCAGAUUAAUCUUCC